GCAGAGGGCAUGGUGCAUUGGAUGAACAACAGGCCCGUCAAGAUGUCCCACUCCUCUUUCGGUUCGGGCGAGGGCGCGGAGUGCGCGAAUGUCGGCGGCCUGCGAAAAUUAUGUGCAGAUCUGGGUGCUCAGGCUACCUUCUGUGAAUGGGUCGUGGUCCCAGGGCUAGAGUUGAACGUGGCUUCGCGUUUCUUUAAGUCUUGGGGUUGCUGGAUAUCGCAGUGGAACGUCCGCAGUAAAGGGUUGUCCAGGGACAAGAAGAGGAAUGAUAUUAAAACCAUCGUGGGCGAGUCCAGCGUGGCAGAGCGUUUCCCUGACCGCGCCUUGGUGGUCCUGGCCGGCGAUUUCGCCGAACGCCUUCGACCUCUGCGCCCAGGCUUGCCCGGCGGAGAG